GCUGUGCAUUACUACUUUGGUUCAGUCGCACGGAAGCAUUCGAACGUGUGGUACGUGUUUACGAGCGAACGACCGACAAUAUCUUUCCGAUAUCCAUGGGUUACCGGUUAUUAUAUUAUUCAUUGAGCAAAUUGUUGGAUUGAGUAUUAACGAAGAUGGAAUUACACAGCAAUCCGGCUGUAAUGUCGACGAAAAAAAAUUCCAUUCAUGGAGAUGAGACAACGUUCAAGGAAUCGCUUGGCAAUGGCGGUACCUAUGGAGCAUUUCAAUCGAAAGAUCCGAUCUUAUCGAUGGAAAAGGGAGGAGAAAUGAAAGGUGGAGUUGACGAGCAUGGAAUGUCCGUAGAUCAUCCAACUUCGUAUAUUGAGACCAUGAUGCACCUGUUCAAGGGUAACGUCGGUUCCGGUAUUUUCGCAUUAGGCGACGCCUUUAAGCAUGCCGGAUUGUUACUGGCACCACCCUUAACCAUCUUCCUCGGCAUUAUUUGCGUCCACGCCCAACACAUUCUCAUACAAUGUAACGAAGAGGUAAAACGUCGUGUAGGUGAUCCGAGUAUUCAGUCUGGUUUUGCCGGUACCGUUGAAUUAUGUUUCGCUACGGGACCAUUAGCACUUCGUAAAUAUUCAGUUUUCAUGAGAAAAAUGGUUAAUUUAUUUUUAUGCGUAACGCAACUCGGAUUCUGCUGCGUGUAUUUCGUUUUUAUUUCGACAAAUAUGCAACAGGUGUUAAAUGCCCACAACUUCAAAUUGAGCGUUCAUCAACACAUGGCGAUCGUCUUGAUACCCAUCAUACUCAGCACGUGGAUAAGAAAUUUGAAAUAUUUGGUACCUGUAACGUCAGUCGCGAAUUUCUUGGUAAUGGGUGGCUACAUAGCGACGGUCUAUAUUAUGAGUCACGACAUACCGGCGAUUUCUGAGAGGCGGUACGUCGCCGAUUGGCACGAGUUACCUCUCUUCUUCGGCACCGUUAUAUAUUCUUUCGAGGGUAUCACUUUGGUGCUGCCAUUGAAGAACGAGAUGAAGAAGCCAAGCAACUUCAACAAACUAUUCGGAGUAUUGAACGUAGGUAUGGUUAUCGUGGGUGCCAUGUUCGUAGUGAUGGGUUUCUUAUCCUAUUUAAAGUACGGUGACGAUGUACGAGGCUCGGUCACUCUGAAUCUUGAGUUAACAGAGGUAGUGGACGGGAAAAAGAUCUACUCGCAGGCAAGCUUACCUCAAUGCAUCAAGCUGGCUAUUUCGUUGAGCAUAUUGUUGACCUAUGCUCUGCAAUUCUACGUACCUAUCGCCAUUAUAUGGCCCGGAAUCGUCGAGCAAUUCGGUCCCUUUAAAUGGCCAGUAUUCUCGGAGAUAGUCUUCCGGUCUGCUUUGUGUUUUCUUACGUUUGUUUUGGCGGAAGCUAUACCAGAGCUGGGUCUCUUCAUUUCUUUGGUCGGUGCAGUAAGUAGCACGGCGCUGGCCCUUCUCUUUCCACCCAUCAUCGAGUUGGUAGUAUGUUGGCAAAAUGCCAACUUAAGUCCCUUUAUGGUUAUUAAGGACGUGACGAUCGUGUUGAUUGGUUUACUGGGCUUCGCUACGGGAACCUACGAGAGCAUUACGUCGAUCAUCAAAGCAUUCGAUAAAUAGACAUUCAACAUUGUACAAAGUCCUAUUGUUGUUUACAUUUUUACUAGAUUAUUUUAAAAAUGGACGCGCGCGUGUGGUUAACGGACCAUGACAUCCACGCAGGACACGAGUAGAUGUAAUGGACAGCGACGCUUGUCACGAUACAGAAUCAUUAUCAUCAUUAUUAUUAUAUUUGUAUAUAUAUAUAUAUAUAUAUAUAUGUAUACAUAUAUAUAUAUAUAUAUAUAUAUAUGUAUAUAUAUAUAUAUAUAUAUAUAUAUAUAUAUAUAUAUAUAUAUAUAAAUAUGUAUUAUAGUUAUAGUAGUAACUAAUUUACGUUGGAAGGAUGGCCAAUGACAAUCGUACAGAAUUUUUAUGCAUCGAAUGGAAAUUUUCUCUUUAAUUUCGAAUCAAUUUUGACAAUACAUUAAACUUUCUUGAUUAAUCAGAUUAAUUAAUCGAAUAACCGAUAUAAUUAAUAAACGAAUAUAAAUGGAUUAUUCUUGGAUGUUCCUUAAAGGAAUAACGAAAGGCCGGUCCCUCCAAUGUUAUGCGCAACUAUCAUAGGUCUAUCAAAGUUUAGUCCCUUUAUGUUGCUUGUGAUAUUGAAAACGAUGCGAAAGCGGCGUUUCAAUCGUAGAUCGAUUAAACAUACAUACGUACAUAAAUAAUAUUUAAGGAAGAGAAAAAAAAACAAAAAGAAGAAAACGACUGUCUUUGCAAUUAUCGUGAUACAUAUAUAUAUAUAUAGUUAGUUUAUAUUGCCCGUCCUAAGGAUUCUACCCUCUCGCGAUUAAUUCUAUGUACAUAUAUAUAUAUAUAUAUAUACAUAUCGAUAUCGUAUCUGGUUCAAGAAAAUCGGAACUGCAUUAAUAGUAUUGCGUACGAUAGCCGAAGAAAUUUUUCUUUGUUAGAUUAUAAAAAAGGAAUGCCCCUUUGCGAAUGUUUAGAGUACAACUUUAUAUUAAUUCUAAUUAUAUUCCAUUGCAUAUUAAUCAGUUUAUAAUCCUUUACGUUUUUUUUUUUUCAUUAUUAAUUUGACACGUGCUUGAAAAGUGACUAUUAAAAUUUUGUAUCAUUUAAAAUCUGACAAAAGUCAAAUGACAUUGCCAAUCUUUCACUAUGCAAUGGCUAAGAAUUAUAUCCUUUAUUCCACGUUUGAAUAACGACAAAGUGUACUGUUACUUUUUUUUUCUUCUUCUUUUUCUUUUUAAAUUAUUUGCGAAAUUAUUAAUUUCGUUUUUCGAAAGAUUUUUAUCAUGCACGAGAUAAGCCAAAAGAAUUUGAUCAAUGCCAAUCUUUAUGUGUAACUUAAAAAUCCAUUGACUCGA